GAAUACUCAGACCGGAUACAAACACAAAUCAACACUCGGAAGACACCCACCACAGUGAAUGACUUGCUUCUUCAUUUCCUGUUACUGAACUCCUUUGCAGAUGUAAUAACCCCGGACUUCGGGGAAACUACGUUUUUAAGCUUUACUGACCAGACUCACUCACAAACUGUGCAGUCCAGGUGGGCAGGCUGAUUGGACACAAAGAAGGUGUGUUACUUGGAAGAAGAGGAGUCUGUCUCAGUCACCAGCCAAUCAGGUCAAACAGGAGUCUAGAAAUUGGGAGUUAUUGCAACAGGAAGGUCAGUCCUUCCUCAGAGAAGGCUGCUGUAAAGCGGAUUGACCUGUCUACACCAGCAGCAGCAGGGCUCGUGAGGGGAUGUCAGCACUGUGUUCCACAGGUGAGAGAGGAAGCAAGACUAGCCUAUAAAUUGGGAGACACCUUGAGUUAUCAAUAGCACAGCUGAGACCCUCUAGAACUAACAAGACAACGUGUGAUGUCCACUUAACCCACAUGUGAAGACACUUAGCAGAAAAAGCUCUGUGAGAUCCCUGACAGACGCUGAGGCUGGAGCCAAGAAACCACAAGAGGGCAGACAUCCAGGAGAGUCCAAGAAGGUGCUUAUCAAGGUCCAUCAUAACAGGACGAGGGCAGAGCGACGCGUGGAGAUCUUCCAGAGAAGCAUGUCUGUGGUGAACGACACCAGGCUGGAGUCCCUGCUGGCCUCGCUGCUCCAGGAGUACCUGAACAGGACUGCAGCGGCGAGCAGAGUGACACCGCAGGAUGAGAGCAUGAGGACCCUCUACAUCGUGCUCAUGAUGGGCUUCUUCAGCUUCUUCACCUUUGCCAUCAUGCUCAGGUACAUCCGCUCCAAGAAGCUGGAGCACUCCCACGACCCCUACAACCUGUACAUCGCCAACGACUGGGCCGCAGGCAACUCCGCCUUGACCCACACCAACACCAGCAACUCAAACACCAGCAACAGCAGCUGGGUCAUCCAUAACCACAUGGUGACAGAAGGGGCCAUCCGGCACAUCCCCGGGUGACCAGCAGGGAGAAGUGUGUGUGUGUGUCUGGACACUGAGAAGCAACCUUGAUUUGCUGCUUCAAAGCACAUACAGAGCAGCUGGUUUUGAAACACUGUGUGUGUGUGUGUGUGUGUGUGUGUGUGUGAGUGUGUGUGUGUGAGUGUGUGUGUGUGUAUGUGUGUGUGUGUGUGUGUCUGUGUGUGUGUGUCUGUGUGUGUGUGUGUGUGUGUGUGUGUGUGUGUGUGUGUGUGUGAGUGUGUGUGUGUGUGUGUGUGUGUGUGUGUGUGUGUGUGUGUGUGUGUGUACCUUGCAUUGUGUUGACCAGUGUUGUCCACACACUGAUGGUAUUUAGGUUGUAACGCUAGUGGGAGAUGAUGCAUGGGGAGACCCAAUUGUGUUUUUUAAAUAAAACAUUCAAUGCAGAAGUAUUUGCUUUAUCCUCAGUGUUCAUGUUCCAUGCACCUCUGGAGUUUAUAAUUGUAAAAGUACACUUCAGUCAAUGUGUGUGUGUGCGUGCGUGCAUCUGUGUGUGUUUGUGUGUGGGUGUGCGUGUGUCUCUGUGAGCGUGUAUCUGUGUGUCCUUGUAUGUGUGUGUGUGUGUCUGUGUGUGCGUGUGUGUCGGUGUGUUUGUGAGGAAAGUGGAACACAAAACAAAGAGAUAACUUUAAUUUCCUCUAAUAAAGAAAGACCACUACAGUGGUUGGAAUCCCAUCACAAGCAAAACAUUAAAUGGCAUGUUUCAUAAAAUGUAUAGUUGUAUUUUACUUUCACAAAGGCUGGUGGAAAUCACAUUUUGAUGUAAUGACCUUCAAGCCAUAUCCACAGAUUAGAAAUGUGAAGGCGCGGCUUAUCUUCUGAAGUCACAGCAGACUCUUCUAUUACAAGUUCUAUUGGUUAGGACUCCAUGGGCAGGAGUUUCAAAAAACAGUGUUAUGGUAUCGAGCUUGUGGUAUAGUAACAACAGCUUUAGUAGCAAGUGAUUUUCAAAUGAAAUGUGUCAAUUAAAUCAAUCCAUUAAUGCUUUGAAAUUGAGUCGAUGAGGUUGUUAAUGAACACAUUUCCCAUUAAAAAGCUUGUCACAUGUCACCUACAUCACUUCCUGUCUCAACGCGUAGAUAAGGGGAACUCGUUAAUCAAAAUGCAUGUUAACGAGAUCAAGAAAAAUGAAUGGAAGCAGAAUUCACUGUUACGGAAACUACUAGCGUACAGGGAGACGGCUCAGUUUGUUUAUAGUUGAUUGUUUGGUGAAUUCCUCUAAUCAUGCAUUUUCUCUGGUACUCUUUGCUCGCCUCUGUGAUAAAUAAACUCAACAUGAUUAGAAGUAGCCACUGAACACUUACAGUGUUAUAAGAACAUUUUAUAUGCAUACAAACGUGUGAAGGUGAAAGUGUACAUUGUACACAAAGUGUGGGGGGAGUCUGACAGCAUUACAAAAUACGUCUAGGCAAAAUCCAUGUCAGUGAUCUCGAUCACAUUCCUAGUGCAUCACUGUGUGUCCUUGACGCCUGUUCUUUGUUCUUGUGUGGAUAAGACACAGGUGUUAAAAGCCAAGGAUGCAUUGCAAAUCUGCAAUCACCUAAGGAAUCUUUAUUGUAGCAGCAUUGAGAUCACAAACCGCCCUCCCUGCAGUGGAACAGAAAUGACACUGAGCACCACAGCAUUGAGAUCACAAACCGCCCUCUCUGCAGUGCAACAGAAAUGACACUGAGCACCACAGGCUGGAGCCACAUUG